AUGCUUUUUAAUCAAAGAAUCUGGAAAAAAUUAAUUUAUCCAAUUCCACGAUAUUAUUUUUUCCAGCCAGCUUUAUUUGAUAUUAACAAGGAUUAUUAUAAGAUUUCAAAUUGCAAUCACACUAAAUCAGAUCAAAAAUUGAAAUAAGAUUAUUAUAAAUAACAUAAUUACCAACAUAAUCAAUAAAGAAAAGCUUAAAUAAAUAAUAGAAAUUUUGGAUGUAUUCUAUAAUAUGUUGAUAUAACAAUCAUGCGUUAUUGAUAUUUAAUGUGGACUUUUUUGAACAGCACAAAAAUUAAGAAUAAAAUACUACAAUAAAAUACAAUAAUAGUUGAUUUCUUAUAAAAUAUUUCAACAUCAUAAGAUUUCAAUCAUUCUAAUCCAAAAAGAUUUUCAGAAAUACAAGAAAAUAAUAAUUCUCUCAAGAUUAAAUAAAAAUAUAAAAGUAAUUUGAAAAUUGAUAACAUAUUAUAGAUGGCCAAUUCAAUUAAUUUUCUUAAACAUAUCAAUAAGCAAUAAAAAAUGAUUAUGAAUUUAAAUAAAUUCAUACAUUUAUCAAUUUCCUAAAAAUGGAAUAUUAAUUUCAUAAAGAAAGAAAACUCAGAUAGAAAAUUAAAAAAGAACAAACAAUUUCCUAUUUUUACAAUAUAUAAAGUAAUCUUUAAAUGA